AUGCAGAUACUAAAUACGAAUGCCCAGCCACCUUGGACUCAAGUACAACAUCUAAAGGACUCAUCAGGAAAAAGGCAGAAUAAAUCCCAAGUUCCCUGUGCUUCCUCCCAGCUGAAAAGCAGCCUCAUCGGUGCCCCCCAGCAGGCUGAAGCUCCAUGGAAGGAAAGCAUCUAUGCCGGAGGGAAGUUGGGACAGGGUCCAGGGUGUCUGGGGGCCUCUGGGAGCAGCUUGUUUCUGGACUUGCAGUCCAUGAAUAUUGUUAGCGAGGACACCGAUGAGGAUAGCGCCAGCGACCUCUCAGACUCAGAGAGGGUUCCCAUCCCCCAGUCCCCACUCAGCCCUCCAGAUCUCCGCCUCCGAGCUGAAGAGUUCAAUCCAGCCUACUUCCAACCUUACCCAGAGCCAGGCCACGCGAGAUCUGAGGACAAAUACCCUGACUUCCUGCCGCCCCCCUUCAACUCCUGGGACCUACAGGAGACAGCCUUGCUUCUGAACACAGAGGGCAAGACGGAUACCAUGCCACGUGCCUCGGGGCUCCUGGGGAGGUACAUUGAUCGGCUGGUCCAGCUUGAGUGGCUACAGACCCAGACGGUUCAGACUGAGAAAGCAAAGGGGACCAAAGGCAGGCCGCCAGCUGCCCCUGGAAACUUCUGGACUCUGAAAAGUCCCAGGAGAAGUAAACUCCCUGCUGCUGUUUUGGCCAGGCCAGCCCCGCCCCAGGAAGGGCCUUCCAAGCCAGGGCCUGCACGAAAGAAAGAUCUGUACCGUGAAGACGUCCAUACCCCAUGCAUGGCAUUUCAGACUCCUCUGAGGCCUCUGGACAUGCCAGCGGGCAGCGGGUUCCUCUCCAAAAAGCAGGCGCUUGAAGCGAGGACCGAGGAGAAGAAGAAGAGGUCCUUCAAGAGCAGUAGUAAGCUGCAACGUCUGGACCUGGUCUGUGGUACCAGCACUGCCAAGAUUCACAGCAAUGGCAACCUCCGAGCCUCCAGACCCUCAGCUGGGAUUCCUGACUCAGGGGGCCCACCCAAGGCUCCCAAAACACAAGCACAUCCAGCCCUCAAGAAAAAGGGGACUGCAAAUAAUGGGAACCAGGCCAGUACAUCCAGUGAGAAGAAACUCAAACCCAAUGGCGGGAAGCGAGGUGCAUGCAAAUUCAAGUGA